UAGUUUUUUUUAUUAUUAUCUCCUCUUCUCUUACUCAAAACAUAAACAAAUCUAAACGAAUAAAUAUUAAAGAUGAGGUGCUGUGCUAAAUUAAACUACUUAUCGUUGAGUAGAUCAUAUUCUACUGUAACUCCGGUAACAAACACAUUUCUAGAAGAGGUGAAAAAGAACUUUAUCCCCACAAACACUUUGCAGAAGACGUUAUUAUCGUGUGGUUCGGCUGCUAUUGCCCUGCUCAAUCCGUAUAGAGGAGACAUGAUAGCAUGUUUAGGAGAAAUAACUGGCGACGAUUCUUUGAAAUACAUGCGUUCAAGAAUGCUUGAAACACCUGAAGGUACAGAUAUAUUAAAAGAAAAGCCUCGGAUCAAUUCGCAGUCUGUAUCAUUUUCUACACUAUCUAAUAUGCCAAAAAAUACUUUGGGUCGAGUUUAUGCAGACUUUAUGCGUGAUAACAACAUUACUGCUGACUCUAGAUUGCCUGUGCAGUUCAUAUCUGAUCCAGAGCUAGCAUAUGUUAUGCAACGGUACAGGGAAGUUCAUGACUUGGUCCAUGCUACUUUGUUCAUGAAAACUUCAAUGCUCGGAGAGGUUACUGUAAAAUGGGUUGAAGGAAUACAGACCAAGUUACCGAUGUGUAUAAGUGGUGGCAUCUGGGGAGCAGCCAGACUGCAGCCCAAGCACCGCCAACUGUACCUCAAGUACUACUUGCCUUGGGCCAUCAGAACUGGAGCUAAUGCACAAUUUUUACAAGGUAUUUAUUUUGAAAAGAGAUGGGAUCAAGAUAUUGAUGAAUUUCACAAAGAGAUGAACAUAACAAGACUAGUUAAAAGUUAAUCAUAAAUUAUUAAAAAAGGAGAACCUAGUAUUUAAAUUUAUUUAGUGUGUAGGGACAAAAUAUUAUACCUAAUUAUGUUACUAUAAAAUAAAACUGCAGAAAUGACUUA